GUCAUAUUCUAGGCGUGAGUGCAGACUGUACACUUCCUUUAUCUCAGGAGUUUUGUACAGUAUUUUUUUUUAAAUUAUCUCUCAACUGUCAAAUUCUUGUUGUUUCUAACUUUAGAAUUUGUUAAAGACGUCCCUCUUUUUUGUCGAGGACAUGGAUUUCUCGCUGGCAGAUGCCAUAGCAGACGAUGUCCCGGGCCAAGCUGAGAAAGCGGCUAACCCCAACCCAGCCGCCCCCAACGCCCCUCCGCCCACUAACCCAGGAUGGCCUGGUGCGGCCCCCGGAGCCCCCACACAGCCCUCUGCUCCUGGGGGAUUCCCUGGGGGGCCACAGUCUGGUCCAAGGGCCCCAGGGCAGUUCCCUGGAAGUCAAGGACCCUUCUCUUCCGGUCCCGGAGCACCAGGGCAGUAUCCUGGAGCUCCCUCUGUCCCUGGUGGGUUCCCGCCCGGCCCAGGGGUACCGGCACAGUACCCAGCUGGGCCUGGAGCCCCGGGACAGUGCCCAGCUGGACCUGGAGCCCCGGGGCAAUACCCAGCUGGGCCUGGAGCCCCGGGGCAAUACCCAGCUGGGCCUGGAGCCUCGGGACAGUACCCAGCUGGGCCUGGAGCUCCAGGGCAAUACCCAGCUGGGCCUGGAGCCCCAGGGCAAUACCCAGCUGGGCCUGGAGCCCAGGGGCAAUACCCAGCUGGGCCUGGAGCCCCGGGGCAAUACCCAGCUGGGCCUGGAGCCCCGGGGCAAUACCCAGCUGGGCCUAGAGCUCCGGGGCAAUACCCAGCUGGGCCUGGAGCCCCGGGGCAAUACCCAGCUGGGCCUGGAGCCCCGGGGCAAUACCCAGCUGGGCCUGGAGCUCCGGGGCAAUACCCAGCUGGGCCUGGAGCCCCGGGGCAAUACCCAGCUGAGCCUGGAGCCCCGGGGCAAUACCCAGCUGGGCCUGGAGCCCCGGGGCAAUACCCAGCCGGGCCUGGAGCCUCGGGGCAAUACCCAGCUGGGCCUGGAGCCCCGGGGCAAUACCCAGCCGGGCCUGGAGCCUCGGGACAGUUUCCUGGAGCCCCCAUGCAGUACCCGUCUGGACCCUUCCAAACUAGUCCCGGAGCACCCCCAGGACCCUACCCCAAUGUGCCUUACCCAGGAGCCCAGCCUGGUGGGGGGAUGUAUGGGCCUGGAGGUCCAGGAGCUGCCUUCUCUCCUGCAGGAGGCACCUUCUCUGGUGGAGCCUUCCCUCCCAUCCCCCCUGGAUCAUGGGGUCCUCGAGGUGGUGGAGGCUUCCCUCCCCAGCCCGGCCACCCAGGGCCCAUGGGACCAUACGGGGGGCAAGCGGCUCCAGGAGGCAUGCUGCCCAGACAUAAUAUACCAUAUCCACCACAUUUUUGAAAGCACUGAACUCUUCAGAUUUUCAGCCAGAUGAGGACACCAGCCACAGAAAAAUCACCUCGUGGUUUGGUUUAAGAACUCCAAGAAAGCAGCAGCAUUAUGUAUUUGGUUGAAGAGGUUUUUACUAGCUAAUACCUGGGGGGAGAAAGGGAGCCCAGUAAUGUUUGCUGUCAUUCAAGUGCAAUACAUGGCCUCUGCUUUUUGUGAAACAUCACAUUUUAUAUUAUUUCACUCUUAAACUUUCAUUAAAAGUCACACUUAUCUUUUAUAAUAACAUUUUAUAUGCUACUUUCAACAAAAAAAAAAAGGCCAAACAUCAUUUGGGUAGUAAUCAUCCUGUACUUGUGUGUUUUGCCAGCGUUGAUAAAAUGUCCAAUUGUGUUAAAUAUUUGAAAAUAAAGAAUACUAUCACAUGUG